AAAAACGAACGUGUCAACUUUAUAUCCAACUAGAUUAGUUUUUCAGAGCAAUGAUGACUGCAGAUGGGUAAUUUAGCUCGCCCCCCCAAACGCAGUGGUAAUGAUGUUGUUAAGGAGGAACAGGGAAGAGCAGUGUAAGCCACGUGAACUCUGAGUGACUGCCAGGUGGCCUCUCUAAGAGAUGCUGGCAGACCUAAUGACAGCUUGUUGUCAUUGGCCUCUGUGGAUAGAACAGGGGCAAAGAGUGUCAGGAUGGAGAGAAAAAGUAAAUAACGGUAAUGUACGGCUCAGAAGAAAGAAACCCGGCAGCUGGUGGGGGAAAAAAAGAGAAGAGUCGCGAGGAGGCUGAGUAUCUCUGGGUAGAGCUUUUUCAUCCGCAGAGCCAGCAGAGGUGUGCCUGAGCAGCUCAGCUCUCUGAUUGGUGAGGCCAGACACUGCUCUGUUCCCUCCCCCGCUGAAGAAAGAGGUGCUGCAGGAGCGUCAGACCCAGACAGCACCAGACUCAAACACAGAGACAGCAUUUUUCUGCUGCUUCCACCUUGUUGAAAUCUCCAGAGCGUCCAAGGACAGACUUUUCUUUUUUACCCAGCUCUGAUUUACGGCAUCUUCAACUGCAACUGGGCUUAGAUUUUAUUUACAUACAAUUUCCUUUUUUUUUUUUUAUUCAUCAUCUUAAAAGGAAUCACUGAGAUUUCUGAGAUCCUGUAAUUGCAUUGAUCACACUGAGGAGGACGACUCGGUCAGCAUGGGCAGACAGGGACACGAUAGCUCAGCCACGGCUCCGGGGAUGCGCAUCCAGUGCUCCCAGAGCAAAAUGAGCCUUUCUGCGUCGUUUGAGGCACUGGCUGUCUAUUUUCCCUGCAUGAACUCCUUUGAUGAGGAAGAUGGAGCAGGAGGCAAGAAGUUGCGCAGCACGGUCCAAAGGAGUACAGAGACGGGCCUGGCGGUGGAGAUGAGGAGCAGGAUGACUCGACAGGCCAGUCGGGAGUCCACUGAUGGGAGCAUGAACAGCUACAGCUCAGAGGGAAACCUCAUCUUCCCCGGUGUGAGGCUUUCCUCGGACGCUCAGUUCAGUGACUUCCUGGAUGGUCUGGGACCUGCCCAGCUGGUUGGACGUCAGACUUUGGCUACUCCACCAAUGGGCGACAUCCAAAUAGGCAUGGUGGAGAAAAAAGGAGCCCUGGAGGUCGAGGUCAUAAGAGCUCGUGGCCUUGUGGGCAAACCAGGAUCUAAGGCACUGCCAGCACCAUACGUAAAGGUCUACCUUUUGGAAAACGGAGCCUGCAUAGCCAAAAAGAAAACUAAAGUAGCAAGAAAAACGCUGGAUCCUCUCUACCAGCAGCAACUGCCGUUUGAGGAGAGUCCAGGAGGAAAAGUUUUACAGGUCAUUGUCUGGGGCGACUAUGGACGUAUGGACCAUAAAUCCUUCAUGGGAGCAGUCCAGAUCCUGUUAGACGACCUGGACCUGUCCAACAUGGUGAUUGGCUGGUACAAGCUCUUCCCUCCUUCCUCACUAGUGGACCCUACUCUGGCCCCACUGACAAGAAGAGCUUCCCAAUCCUCACUGGACAGUUUCUCUCGAUCAUAGCAGCGUGUGGACUAAUAGCGUUGUUGUAGCAGCCAGUGUUGCGAUUACAGGUCACGAGCCCCGGUUACACUGCAUGCUUGAUGUUGUGUCUUCUGAGCCUGUUUCUAGGGGCGCGAACGUGAUCCUGUGUUUUAAGCAAAAACGUUGCGCACAUUGUGCACGUGGCAAAGUGUGUUGCAAGCACCCAGCGGCAGGGAUUGCCAGGUGUUGUUGUCAUUCGGAAGAAGCCGGGAUGAACUCCUUAGCACGAGGAACUUCUCAGUUCCAGGUUUUCUUCCAAUUUGAAGCCAUGGGGGCCGACACUGGGAACUAAUAAAUGAGUUCAACAGUGGCCCCUUUAGAAUGAAAAAAAAAAAAUCAAUGAGUUGUUUUGAUUUUUUUUCUCUUUUCCGUUUCCUUUUUUCUUUUGUUUCUUUAAAUGUCUGCGGUACUUUUAUCUGAAUGGGGUGACGGUGUUCCCGAACACAUGCUUGGUCACACCAUGCCAACAAACGUAGCUAACAUGCAGUUGAGGAGACCAACAUUUUCCAAAGGGGGUGUGUUCGUGUGUCCUCCUACCUGCAAGAGAAAUGCAUUGCAUCCUCUGGGUCUAUGUGCAGACCUGCUGUUGCUGGUAAACCACCAGAUAAUCAGGGGCAAAACUGAAGUGGCCUCCAACAACACCCCAAAAUAAACUGCACCAAUCCCAACCCCAUAAAGAGUACUACGGUAGUUUUUACUUCCUUUCUCUGCUGAAAAUCCUAUAAGAAUCCAAUUCUGAUAUUAUUUUCCCUUUCAGUUGAUUUGCAUGGGCACAAACUUAGCUGAAUAAAAAAAAAAAAAGAAUUCUAUUUAUUUUUUGAGGCUGUAACUUGCAAAAAAAAAAUGAAUAAAACUAAAAACAGAUCAGCCAUUUUCAACAAUUUAUAUUAUUUUUCAAGAAGAGUUUCACUAGUGCAUGGUUUUCAAAGGGAGUGAAUGCAACAUUGUGACAAAAAAAAAGACAGUUUAUCAUUCUUUUUAACCAUGAGUCAUAAGUCUGUGUUUUUAAAACAAUCAGAUUAAGGGAACUUUAAAAAAAUAUAUAUGUUUGGAGUUAUUUAAGAAAAAAAUGACAAUGAGAAUAAAUGUUAGAUAUUUAUUUCAUUGUAAAAGGCUAAAGCCUUAUAAAGAUUAAUGUAAUGUGCAAAUUGUACAUUUCUCUUUUUCUUUCUUGUCCCAGGGUACUUCUCUUUGUAGUAUUCGCUGCUACCAUCAGUUAGUCCCCUGAAACUGUCCAAAUUUAAGGACUCUUAGUUACUUUACACUUCUGCAUUGUUUUAAUGCGCAUUUUUGUUUCAAACUGAAUUUGAUUUUACAAGCAUGUUGAAAAGGAUUUUCUGCAACAUGUCUUGGGCACACCUUACAGUAACUCAGCAUGUUUUUGAUAACGAUGAUAUUUGGACUUUUUGCAGAUUCUUGUACAGUGCAUGUGAAUUUUAUUACUUUUCUCCCUCACGAUUAAUUGAGCAGUGAAUAAGUUGUUGGUCUUCCACGGCCAGGUAUAGAAGUUUGAUUACAGAGGAUUAAAAAAAUACAUUCCACCCCCCCUGAAAUCGUAUUUUCUUUCAAAUUUUUGAGGGAAAAUAGAAAAGAAGAACGAGAAAAAAAAAGUUUUAUAUUUUAUCAAAGCAGGCAAAAUAAAUGUGAUUUCAAAGUAUAUUUAUUUUGAUGCUGUUGACAAACAAACAUGCAAAAAUGAUCCUUUUCUGGUGCACCAAGACAUCUGUACGUAAUCAAGGGGCAGCAACCAUGCAAGAGCUGCAGGAAGCUGUGGUUCAGUUUUACAAGCACUCUUAGGUGAGGAUGAGCAAAUCACAAUUUUAAAAGAAAAAUAAGGGACAUUGCCACAGAAAAUGUGUUUUUUUUUUCUUCUUUUUUUUGAAUGAAAAUGAAAUUAAUUUACUAUAUUUUUGUUAGUUUUACUUUGAAGCCAAGACCAGUUUAUUUUUUAUUUUCUAUUUUUAGUAACUUACAAAUACUUCCCAUGUUUUGGGAGGUAUACAAGUCUUACAGUUGCAGUAUGUCUGAAUGAAAUGGAACCGAGGCAUUGUUCCUUUUUCCACAUGAGGAAAAACAUCAUUUUAAUAAAAUAAUAAAAAUCCACCUCAACUGUGUAACAGAAUACAGAAUAUAUUUUCAAUUUAAAGCUCACUGUACAUACCUUUAGAUGUCAGAAUCUGAAUUAAACAAUAAGCAGAUCAUAUAUUCUCCUUUGGAGCAGGAAAAAUGCCUCAGGAUGAAAAAGACAUAUGUUAUUUAUCCUUUUGAAUGCCUUUUUGAUUUUCUCUUUUUGGUGCAAUGUGUUAAUGCCAAGGCUAUGUCUUGGCGAAGUAUGGUUGAGUACAGAGAUUUA